UAGGUGUAAAAGUAGGAGAGUGAGAUCUCAAACGUGAAUCAUGCAUUUUUGGAAAUGCCACAAAUUUAGCAUUUGAUAAUAAUGAUAAUGAAACAGAAUUCCUCCAUCUUUGUCCAUUCCGUGUCCUUGACUACGCUUUUUGUACAUUUCUUUUCAUGAAAGAAACAAAUUAAAAACGUUACUAAUAAGUUUCAGUUCCACAGCUAGUAAUAACAACAAUAUUUUUUCAUUCACUUUCGAAAUUCAGGAACAAAACAAAACUCUCAAGUUAUAUUAUUUUUUGUGGUGUAUUCAAUUCAUGAUCUUGAUUAUCUUUUGUGAUGGAAUGGUCUGCAACAUGUGCUGCAAGGGCUUACCUUGAUACCCUUAGACUGGUGAAAGAGAUGGCUGCAUAUUUUGAGACAAAAAAAGUUAGCUAGCUCAUCUAAUUUUUUGCUGUUAGCAGUGUAAUAAUGUUGGCAGUUUGAGAGUGCAAGAGUUGGGAAGUAAUGAAUUUGUAUCAGCAUUAGCAGCAGGAAUGAAAGCAAAACUUAUAGUGGAAGUAACAUCAUCUCCUGCAUCUUCAUCAACGAUUGCCCUUGCCGCUGCCGCGCGACAAACCGGAGGCAAAGUUGUGUGUAUUCUUCCUGAGCCAGUCCUGGAUGAGUCCAAAAAAGCAAUCAACAACUCAGGGCUUAAUGACCAAGUAGAAUUUAAAACUGAAGAUCCAUCAAAGUUAUUGCCGCGCUACAAAAACAUUGAUUUCUCCCUUGUUGAUUGCAAAGAUGAAAGCUAUGCAAUGUUGCUUAAUUUGAUAGAUGUUAAUCCUGUUAGAUCUGUUGUUGUUGCAAAUAACUUGGUUGGUGAUAGAAAAGGGUUGGAAGGAAUAAGGAGAAAAGAUGAGAAACUAGCAGUAAGAUCUGUGAAACAUUCUAUAGGAAAAGGUAUGGAAGUAACUAUGAUUAGCAAGAAUGAUGAAACUGAUCAUAAGAGACAUCAUCAUGCAAGAAAAAGGAACAAGAGCAAGUGGGUUGCCAAGUUUGAUGAGAAGAGUGGUGAGGAACACAUAUUCAGAUUAUCUCAGCUGGACUUGUUAUAGAAUUAGCAUUUUAGCUUCUAAAUACUGUUACUUCAGUGGGAAUCUAUACCCAGAUACAAAAGUUCUGCCAUCAUCUAAACUCUUUAAUUUACAAUUCUAUCCUUCUUUACCUAA